AUGGUAUUUCAAGGAUUUGGCCUCGAACAGGUCUCUCCUCCGAACAAUAAGCCUUUCAAUGAGAUGACACCUGAAGAACAAGGCGAAAAAGGUGCUCAAAUGAUGGUCAAUUUCAUGACUUCAUGUCCUGGGAAAUCAGCAAUAAGUGGUGUUACUGGUUUUGCUCUUGGUGGUGUUUUUGGUCUUUUUAUGGCCUCUAUGGCAUACGAUACUCCACUGCACACGCCGACGGUGCCCGGGCAAUCACAGCUGCCCCACAGCAUACAACACAUCUCUGAUCUCCCUUUCAAGCAGCAAGUUAAAUUGCAGUUUGCUGAUAUGGGGAAAAGAGCGUAUUCCAGUGCUAAGAAUUUUGGUUACAUCGGUAUGAUCUACUCGGGUGUUGAGUGUGCUAUAGAGUCUCUGCGUGCGAAAAACGACAUAUAUAAUGGGGUCGGAGCAGGUUGCCUCACUGGCGGUGGACUUGCUUAUAAAAGUGGACCAACAGCAGCUUUGGUAGGCUGUGCAGGCUUUGCUGCGUUUUCGACCGCCAUUGACUUGUACAUGCGUCAAGAACACAGCGCUCCUCCCAAGAAUGACUUUGACGAAUGA